UGGCUUAUGUUUCUGCAUCUUAGAUUUAUCUUCUUUUAUAGACAAAAUUCCCAUAUUCAAACAAGUUUUCGGCUACUGUCAUGAACAGGUAGUACGUAAGCAAUGCUGUCAUCAGAAGGCACGUGGCGAAGACCCGUGCACUCCCUUGACUUUGAAUCCUAUUGAUAUAAUCUCAACUACAAAAGCAUGGGCAAUUGUCCAGCCUGAACUUCGAGCGUUCAGACGAGUGGUGCACGCAGACGCAGCGGUGGUUGAAGUUAUCUCAGAAACGUUCGGGUACGGUGCUUUACGAGUUUUCCGAAGAUAGCAGCUUUAAGUUUCUUCUUCAUUGGAAAAUGAUAAUUUAUAAUCGAGGACAGUUACUUUUGGUUGGAAUUUUGUUGACGCUAAGUUUGCAAGCAAUUUGGGGAAAGGAAAAUAAGAUAAAAACCGCUGUUUUUCUAUCACCUAAGUUUGAGCUCGGACCAGGAUCAGUGGAAAAUAGAUACUAUUACGAUGUGGACUUUCCAAAAGGUCAUAUUGCCUUGAAAAGUUUCAAUGGAGAAGUGAUUGAUGAGGCAGGCAAUCCUGUUCCUCUCCAUGAGACUUAUCUCCAUCACUGGGUUGUUGCAAGAUACUAUGCACGUAAAGGUGUGGACGUAUCAAAGUUUAACGAAAGUAAAAAGCUUCACAGGUCAGAUUAUAUUUCUGGGAGAAAUAGUGGGAUUUGUCAGGGUGGAGUUCUUGGUCAGUAUUUUGGCCUUGGGUCUGAGACACGAAGAACUGCAACUCAUGUUCCUGAUCCAUAUGGAAUAGAAGUCGGUAAUCCUUCUGAGAUUCCUUCGGGUUUUGAGGAGAUAUGGCUGCUUAAUAUUCAUGCAAUUGAUACAAGGGGGGUGGAAGAUAGGUUGGGAUGUACCGAAUGCAGGUGUGAUUUGUAUAAUGUAACAGAGGAUGAAUAUGGAAGACCCUUGAGGCCAGACUACAAAGGGGGUUUGUCGUGUUGCUAUGAUCGCACACAAUGCAGGUUGAAACAAGGGUUUGAGGGCGUCAGAAGAACGCUUUACCUUAGAUACACUGUGAAGUGGGUCGAUAUUGAUAGCUCUAUUGUGCCUGUUAAAAUCUAUAUAUUUGACAUUACUGAUAGUUGGAAAAGGUCUGGUAAUUCAACAGGGAUUAAUGCAGAGCACCAUUGCAAGGUGGAAUAUGAUGUUGAAUCUUGCAGUACCACUGGAUUGGCUGAUGAUGGGUGCGUUGACACCAAAAGAAUAAGCCUUGACAUGCCAUUUGGUGGUUAUGUCAUAUAUGGUGUUGCACACCAACAUUCAGGGGGCUCUGGUUCUGCUCUCUACAGAGAGAAUGGCCAACUUUUGUGUUCCUCAAUACCGACUUAUGGGGAGGGGGAGGAAGCAGGAAAUGAAGCUGGUUACAUUGUAGGAAUGUCCACCUGCUAUCCUCAACCAGGAACUGUCAAGAUAUCCAAGGGGGAGACUCUGAUUCUGGAAUCUAAUUACAGUAGUAUCAGACAUCAUACCGGAGUCAUGGGCCUUUUUUACAUUUUGGUUGCAGAUGCAUUGCCCAAGCCAAUGCGUACCUUACGCGCUGUUGUUCAAACACAGGACAGUAUCAUACUGUUAACUAUCCUCUGGGCUGCGGUAGCACUGAUGGGUGUGGUAACAGUUGUUGCUGUUGCCAUUCGUUAUCGGCUUAAACAUGAGAGAGAAGAUGGCUACGAAGCAAUUAUGAUGUGAAUAUAUAUAUAUAUAUAUAUGUUGUUAUGAGCUGUAGUGUGUAUUGCAUUUAAAAUUUCCUGGAAUUUUGUAGUCAAAUUAGUGAUAUAUAGGCAUGAAUAAUGCAACUCUUUAUAAUAGUUUGAACAUUUUAAUACCAGUCUUUGUCUCCAUAUUUUAUGAACUUCUUUUAUUAUUAUGAACCUCCAUAUAUGGAAGCCAUUUGUAGCCUUUAGAA